AUGGAGUCCAAGCCUGUAGGGUCUUAUCCCAGCACUGGCAUCGACGUCCUUAUCGUUGGUACUGGCUUGGCUGGGCUUGUUGCCGCGCUCGAAUGCACGCGCAAAGGCCACAAUGUCCGCGUCUUGGAAAGAAAUGCGGACAUCAACACCGCGGGUGACAUGUACUUCAUGGGCCUUAGCGCAACCCGCUUCCUGAAGCAUUGGCCCGAGCUGCUAAAGGAAUACAAGAAGAUAUCCCUCCACAAUGCUUGGAUUGAGACAUUCAAGCACUCGGGAGAGGUAGUUAUCGGGCCCAAGAAGGUCGCGGACCGUCUGCGAGCGCAGGGACUGGACCCUGACACCCCGCCUGGCGAGUUCCAGAUGCGCCCGCUCGUCUACAAGAUGUUUGUCAAUGCGGUUGAAAACCUUGGUGUUUCUGUGGAAUUCAACCGCAGGGUCGUUGACUACUUUGAGGACGAAGAGACGGGCAAGGGUGGCUGCACUACCGACGAUGGCAAGCGCUACGAGGCCGAUGUUGUGAUUGCUGCCGAUGGUGUCGGUUCAAAGAGUCAAAAGUUGGUUGGCGGACAGGUGCGCGCACGACCCUCGGGCAGGGCCAUGUGGCGUGCUGCGUUCCCCAGAGAGGCCAUGGAGAAGGACCCUGAGGUCAAGGAGUUCUUCAAGAUGAUGCCAGGAAACGAGCCAAUUGUGAGGACAUGGCUGGGUCCGUCUACAUACGCGCUUACCUUGUCUCGCGAGGAUGUCAUGGUCUGGAUUAUGAACCACGAUGUGACUGGCACAGAAAAGGAGAGCUGGAGCAACACAAUCGACAAACAGGAAGUACUUGAUGGUAUGGACACGAUGCCUGGCAUGGAAAAGCACAAGUGGGCUCCGAUCUUCAAGAAGCUCGUAGAGACCACACCACCAAACACCAUUGUCAAUUUCGAGCUCCUAUGGCGCAACCCUCAGCCUAGCUGGACGUCUCCCGGCGCUCGUGUCAUCCAAAUCGGCGACGCCGCACACUCCUACCUCCCUGCAUCCGGCAAUGGCGCAACACAAGCAAUUGAGGAUGCCAUUUCAAUAGCUUCCUGUCUGCAGGUCGGCGGCAAGGAGAACAUCCCCCAGUCCGUUCGCGUGCACAUUCGAUUCCGUUUCAUCCGCAAUUCAUGCGCGCAGAAGCUCGGUUUCUCGAACGCAGAGCUCCUCCAAGAUACCGACUGGGACAAGGUCAAGAUCGACCCGCGCCGCGCUGCGCCUAAGCUUCCAGCGUGGGUAUGGUCUCACGACCCUGAAGCGUAUGUGUACGAGAACUACGAGAAGAGCGCUCAGAGUAUCAAGGAGGGCAUCGACAUGAAGGAUGAGGACAAGUUUGAGCCAAACUACCCCAAGGGAUACAAGUACGAGCCAUGGAGCAUUGAGAAGAUUAUGGACGACAUGAGGGCGGGCAAGCCAAUUGAGCUUGGCGCUGGUGAUUGGGAUUAA